AUGGAGUACAACAAGUCUUUUGACGAUCUCCUAAGCAAUUUAAUGCUAGCUGACAAUGAUAUUAGAAAUGCUGCUGAGCAACAAUAUUCCAAUUUUCCAUUCUCUACAAAAUUGCCUAUGCUAAUUCAAUCCAUACGAAAUUCUCCAAACAUCGAGAAUCGACAAUUAGCUGCCGUCCUUUUUAGAAAAGUUUUAAAUGACAAGAACGAUGAAUAUAGAAAAUUAGAUGAGUCUUCUCAGCAAUACUGCAAGACGGAAUUAUUAACAGCACUUCAAAGCGAAGAAAGCGAUUUAGUGAGACGAAAAGUCUGUGAUGCUGUCGCCGAAUUAGCUCGACUUUAUGUUGACGACGACAACCAAAACCUAUGGCCUGAAAUACUGCAAUUUUUGUUUCAAUUUGCUAACUCUCCAAAUUUAUCUCAUAAGGAAGUUGCCUUACAAAUCUUUCGUAACUUCCCAACGAUAUUUGGUAAUCAACAAACUCACUAUUUAGAAGUCAUUAAAAGAAUGCUAUUUCAGUGUAUGUCAGAUACAACCAAUCACAAGAUUGCAUAUUUAGCUGUCGAUGCCACUACUGCGUUUUUAAUGGUAAAUGAUAACGAUCAACUACGUAGACAUUUUCAAGAUAUGGUACCACCGAUACUAACGGUCGUUCAAAUGUGUCUAGCUAAAACCGACGAUGACAGUCCGUUAAAAAAUUUAAUCGAAAUUGCUGAAGCAAUACCGAAAAUAAUCAGGCCUCAUUUGAAUGACUUAGCUGUUGAAUUAAUAAAGAAUAUCAGCAAUUCGCAAGCAGAAAGCAACUAUAGACAAUUAUCUCUGGAAGUAUUAGUGACUUUAGCUGAAUCAGCCCCAGCUAUGAUGAGAAAACACGGACAAAUUAUUAUACAAUUGAUACCCCAGUGUUUGUCAAUGAUGAUAGAUCUGGAGGAUGAUCCUGAAUGGAGUGCUUGGGAUAAUAGUGAUGAUCCGGAAGAUUCUGACAGCAACCCUAUCGUGGCUGAAUUUGCUCUCGAUCGUUUAGCUAUGGCACUUGGUGGUAAAGCCAUUUUACCUCAUAUUGUCAGUGUUGUACCACAAAUGUUGCAAAAUGGAGAUUGGCGAUAUAAGUAUGCUGGAUUAAUGGCUAUAUCGGCUGUUGCGGAUGGAUGCCAGAAACAAAUGAUGCAACUUUUAACCAAUGUAGUCAUGACAAUACUUCCGUUUUUAAAAGAUGAGCAUCCUCGUGUCCGCUACGCUGCCUGCAACGCGAUUGGACAAAUGUCAACUGAUUUCGCAGAAUACUUCCAAAAAAAAUUUCAUGAUAAGGUCCUUCCGCAAUUGCUGGAUCUCAUGGAUGAUAUCGCAAAUCCUCGUGUACAAGCUCACGCAUGUGCUGCGCUCUAUCAUUUUUGUGACGAUUGCCCAUCCCAUAUCCUGAAAAUUUAUCUGGAGCCAAUAGCUAUCAAGUUAAAAGCAUUAUUACAAUCAAAGCUUCAGGAGCUAAUGCAGCAAGGUACUAAAAAUGUCCUGGAACAAGCGAUUACGGCAAUAUCUACCGUAGCACAGAGAGCUGAAGGGAACUUUUUACCUUACUAUGAUCACUUCAUGCCUAGUCUAAAGUUCAUAAUACAAAGUGCUACUACUCCUGAAUAUCGUUUACUGCGUGGUAAAACUAUUGAAUGUGUCAGCUUUAUUGGCUUAGCUGUUGGUACCGAUAAGUUCCUGUAUGAUGCCAAUGAUGUUAUGCAGUUACUUCUCAAAACACAAACUGGUGAUAUCGAAAUGACAGAUGAUGAUCCACAGGUUUCAUAUAUGAUGACGGCUUGGGCUCGAAUUUGCAAGAUACUUGGAAAGCAAUUUGUCCAGUACCUACCAGUUGUAAUGCCGCCUUUAAUAAAAGCUGCUUCUGCCAAGCCUGAAGUUGCAAUAUUUGAUGAAGACGAUGAAAAAGCUCAAGACGACGGAUGGGAAUUUGUAAAAAUUGGGGAGCAGCAAAAGUUUGGAAUAAAAACCGCUGGCCUCGAUGAUAAGGGAACAGCCUGUCAGAUGUUGGUAUGCUAUGCCAAAGAAUUAAAAGAUGGAUUUGUUGAUUACGUGGAAGAGGUUAGUAGCAUGACACGUGUUAGAGGUGCAGCUAUAGAAUCAUUACCUUACCUCAUUGAAAGCGCUAAAUUUAAAGGUGGUCUUGUAACGCAAAUAUGGCAGUUUGUGUUGGAAGAGAUUUUUCAGGCUAUUAAAAUGGAACCUGAACCUGAAAUGCUAGCCAAUGUAUUAGACUCUUUUGCUAAGUGUAUCGAAUCAUUAGGAAAAGGAUGUGUAAACGGCAAAGAUAUGGAAAAGCUGACAGAGAUUAUACAUGAACAAAUCAAGAAAUUGCAGACUAAUGCUCAAUUGCGACAAGAAUUACGCGGCGAUGAGGACUAUGAUGAAGAAGUUGAAGAAAAUCUUCAAGAAGAGAACGAAUGUGACUCGGAAGUACUUGGAAAGGUUACAGAUCUAAUUCAUGUACUGUUUAAAACUUACGGUCAAGAAUUCUUACCAGUUUUCGACAAGUUAUUGCCGGACUUUGCUGGUUUAAUUACGCCUGAUCGAAACUGGCAGGAGAGGCAGUGGGCGAUUUGCGCAUUUGAUGACUUGAUUGAAUAUACUGGAAAUGCCUCUUUUGCUUAUCACGGAUAUUUCUUGGAACAGUAUAUUAAUAGUAUUACUGAUGUUCAUUGUGAAAUUCGACAGUCGGCGUCAUAUGGCUGCGGCAUUAUCGCACAAUUUGGAGGGGAAGAAUAUUCUAAGUUUAUACCAGAAUUUGUUCCACCUUUACUUAAAGUUAUUACCGAUGCAUCAGCUAAAGAAAUAGAAAACUUGACUGCGACAGAAAAUGCAAUUUCGGCUAUCGUUAAAAUUUGUGUAUAUAGAUCGAAUUUGAUAGAUGUGAACUUAAUCCUAGCACAGUUUCUUAAUUGGUUACCUAUAACUGAAGACGAAUUGGAAGCACCUCACAUUUACGGUUUCCUUUGUAAUUUGGUUGAAAGCAAUAACGAGAUAAUUUUGGGCAAAGACAACUGUAACCUUCCUAGAAUUUUAUCAAUAUUUGCAUCUGCUUUUAUAACCGGUAUUCUAGCCGAUGAUGUUAAUACUAAAACGAGAAUGGAAACCAUUGUUAAUCAAAUUAAGGUAACGUGGCCGUCGUUGGCUUGA